AUCAGUGGACUUGGGCGUUGUACUCCGCAUCUCAUUUGCGGCGGGGCCAAUUUCUCCAUUUACAAACUCCGCUCGGGAAAAAAUUGAAAGAAUUCGUGUCGCUUUUGCGUCUUUGCCACAUUUUUUUUUGCAACUUCUCACACGUCCCUCUGCGGUCGUCUCGCUCUCGGCGCUGAUUCAUCGCUCGGUGAAGGAGGUGUCGGCGCUCCAGCUUGAGUUUUAUUUGGGGAGGAAGCUUGCGGUCUUUGUUCAUUCAUUUGAUCGGUUGGGUUCCUUUGUUGCACCAAAAAGCAUGGGAGCACAAAUCUCCAAAACCGCUGGCAAAGAGGAAGCUGCGGUGGAAAAGCCUGCAGAAGGUGCAGCGGUUGCAGCCAAGACAAACGGACAGGAGAAUGGCCACGCCAAGACCAAUGGGGAUGCCUCUCCAGCCACAGAGGAGGCCAACAAAGCUGAUGUCCAGGCCAACGGUAGCACUCCCACUGAGGAGGCACCAAAGGAAGAAGGCGAGAAAGCAGAGGCUGCCGAGGCCAACGGUGAGAAGGAGCCCGCCGCCACAAACGGAGAGGCCUCUGCCAAGCCCGAGGAAGGCACUCCUUCCACCAGCGAGGAUGGCAAGCAGAAGAAGAAGCGCUUCUCCUUCAAGAAACCCUCCUUCAAGCUCAGCGGCUUCUCUUUCAAGAAGACCAAGAAGGAAUCCGAGGAGGAGGGAGCAGCAGCAGCAGCAGAGCCAGCCGAAGGAGAGAAGGCGGCAUCAGAGGAAGCGGCUGCUGCUGAGGAGGCCAAACCAGCUGAGGCUGCUGAGGAGGGGGCCAAGGAGGCUGAAGCUGAGCAGCCAAAGGCCGAGGAGGAGGUGAAGGCAGAGGAGCCGGCGGCGGCAGCAGCAGCAGCAGAGGGAGGAGACGAGAAACCAGCUGAAGCUUCACCUACUGAACCAGAGACGGCAGCCAGUCCAGAGGCCGCCGCUGAGUAAUCCUGCUGAACCAGACACCGGAAUGAAGGAGGCGAUGGAGCCCGUCUGAAGGAAUGCGAGGACUUGUCUAAAACCAGGGAUUUCUUUUUGUUCUUUUUUUGUUGGUGUUUGUUUACUAUUCUGCAACCAUCUCAUCCAUAAUGACUGCAAGGUCCUUGGCAGUGAUGGACAGGAGGUGUACUGGAGAGUGUGCUGCUUCCUCACUGCUCAUUGGUGCUUGCAUGUGUGACGUUGGGUGAGUGUGAACGUGCGAAUGUGAGUGCGAGUGCUUUUUUUCUACAUGAAACCAUGACUGUGUUGACACGUUGCUGAAUUUGACAUAUUUUAUCAAAGUAUUUGGUGCUGGGCAAUUGGAUGUAGCAGCUAAAGCUGUGUCUGCAAGAUUUGACACAUUGUGAUAUUUAAAGGGAACGUCCUAAACCAAGUCUUAAAUGUUGUCUUUGCAGUGCACAGUUGUUUACAACUCCUAAAACUCGACGCUCCUGUGGACACAACCAUUCCUGAAUGACGUAGAUCUAGUUAACUGUCAAACAAUAGGUGCUCAUCACUUCCCAUUUAGAUCCCACCAUUUCAAAACUCUGUAGUAAUGCACGUUGUAUAGACUUUGAUAUUACUGGUUUUAUGACUGAGAUGUACCUAAAUGACUGAAGUUUUUAAACAGAUUACCCAUUGUAAAUGAAGUUUUUCUUGUUUUUCACCAUUUGUAAGAUUGAAUAAAAUUGGGAGAUGUUUUAAGCAAAUUUUGCAUCAAGCUGUGAUGACUCCAAACACCACUUGAAAAUCUACACAAGAAAGAAGCACACAGAUUCUGGGUGAGGGGUGCAGUCAUUUUUGUUUCUCCUCUUUUCUUGUAUAUAAUGGGGCCUCACCUGAUUCAAUAUGGAAUGUAACAUUGCCCACAAGCUGCUUAUAGGUGUUCAGUUUAUUUUCUGUGAGCACUGAUGAAGAAUAAAGGAAUGAA